UUGCUUUGUUUAUGCCUCUUUUGCUUACUGAAUUCAUUCUCUCUGGUUCUAGUUAUUAAGUCCUGAAAAAGAUCAAAUAACACCCAUUGAGGAAAAAUGUGCCCUCCCAGUAAGAGAAAGGAUUUAUGGGGAUACAGGGCUCCUCCUCCGACUGUAAAAGAGGCCUUCAAUGUCUUAGACAAAGAUGGAGAUGGCAGAAUUGCUUUUAAUGAUCUGCAAGAUUUCUUUCAUACCCACAAACAAAUUUUUCUCAGUAGAAAGGAGAUUCAGUCCAUGAUCUCUGUAGCAGACAAAGACCGUAAUGGGUCUGUUGAGUUUGAAGAGUUUGAGGGGCUUAUGAUGGCAUUGAUGAUGAGGGAAGAAAAAAAUGAAGAAAACAAUGCGUUGGAGGAAGCAUUCAGAGUGAUGGACAGGGAUGGAGAUGGAAUUGUGAGUGUGAGGGAUUUGAAGAGCUUCAUGGGCGAGGCAAUGCAGAGUGUGAAUGAUGAGGAUGUUGUGGAGAUGAUAGAGGCAUCUGGUGCUUCUGCUCGGUCAGGCAUCUGCUACAAGGAUUUUCUGCCUCUCAUGAUGAUGCUGAUUAAUGGACCCCAGUGACUGGCCAAAAUUUUGCAUAAAUGUUCCAACAAAAUGACUUCCAAGCCAAUGGAAUUAGUUUUAUUGAAUGUAAACAGGCGCUUUAUCGAAUGGGUUCUGCAUAAAUCUGUUUAUCAAUGUAUUUCCCAUCGUCCCAAGAAGGAAAAACUGAAAAAUCACAUCAAUCUAUGCAAGGAAUGCUUAUGUUCCCAAUAUAUGUUAAAUGUGUAACAGAGAUCUUUCAAAUGGGUGUAUUUCGCAUUGCCCUAAGAAGGAAAAACUGAAUAAUCACCUCAAUCUCUAUAAGGAAUGCUUAUGUU